CGCCUAAAUCCCAGCUUUCAUUUCAUGCGCAAUUGAAUUUCAAUUUCCCAUUCCCCUCCAUAGGGACUUAAUUAUCCCCUUUUUUACUCUCAUUAACUCCCUCUCUUCCCACCACGUCCGCUUCUUCCUUCCUUCAUCCCUCCCUCUUCAAACCCUAAACCUAACCUAACCUAACCUCCUUCCCCGACUUCUCCCUUCGGAUUGGAAAUGAAAGGCGGUAAAUCGAGGUCGGAGUCGAAGAAAGCAGACACCAAGCUUGCUGUGAAAAAAGGUGCAGCGGCUAAGAAAGGGAGUAAGAAGGCAGGGAAAGAUCCUAACAAACCCAAGAGGCCUGCCAGCGCCUUCUUCGUUUUUAUGGAAGAGUUCAGGAAGAAGUUCAAUGAGGAGAAUCCGAACAACAAAGCAGUGUCUGCUGUUGGUAAAGCUGCUGGACAGAAAUGGAAAUCAAUGUCAGAUGCUGAAAAAGCACCUUACAUUGCUAAGGCUGACAAGAGGAAGGUUGAAUAUGAAAAAAACAUGAAGGCCUAUAACAAGAAACAGGCCAGUGGAGCCAAUGCUGCAGAAGAAGAUGAAUCUGAGAAAUCAAUGUCUGAGGUGAAUGAUGAUGAGGAUGGAGAUGAGGGCAGCGAAGAGGACGAUGACGAGUGAAGAUGUAGAUGAUAGUAACGUCAUUUAGGGUGUCAGUGUAUUUGAUCUUUCCAUAAUAAUGGUUUGAUCAUUUCCUGUUAUUUUGUUUUUUAUAUCAUGAAAAUAUGUUAGUAUCUCCCUGUUAUUUUGUUUUUCAUAUCAUGAAAAUAUGUUAGUAUCUCCCUGUUAUUUUGUUUGUGCAUUCAGUAACGAAGGGUUGUAAUGGGAGAUCAUCUGCCUUGUACCUUACAAUGUUAGUUAUUCCAAUCCAACUGUGUUUUUUUAACUUUUUAACUGAGAUAACAAGAUCACUCCACACAUCAUGUGACAAUAUCAAAACCUUCACUUAUGUAUUACAUUUUCCAAUCAAGCUCAGUUGGGCACC